GCCUACAGGUGUAUACGAGAUGAUGUGAAGCUCCUCUGCCUAUAGAGACCAAGAUGGCUGAAGUCCAGGCCACAGUGGAGUUUUCUGUGGAACUCCACAAGUUCUACAAUGUGGACCUGUUCCAGAGAGGGUUCUACCAGAUGCGUGCCAGUCUUAAGGUGCCCCCGCGGGUUCCACACAAAGUUGAGACCAGUCUUCUUCGUGCAGGAGGCUCGGAUCUGGCGUUCCCUGCUUCAGUCCAGGAUGAUGUCAUCUGCAGCAAAACUUUUCAAAUCUUGUAUAAGAACGAAGAGGUUGUUGUUAAUGACGUCCUUCUCUUCAAAGUGAUGAUGCUGCUGGAUGAGAAGAAGGUAGAAGAGUCCCUCAAUGACAUGGAUUUUCAGCUCUUCUUGGAUUUGUAUUUCACAGAUGGUGAUUACACACCAGAUGAUGCAAGCACCCUGCAGAAUAUCAGUGGCCGCGUCCUUCGUUUGCACUUUAGCCUCGAUCGAGGCAUCCACCAACACAUUAAUGUUAUGUUUGAUUAUUUCCACCUGUCUGUCAUCUCUGUGGUUAUCCAUGCCUCCCUUGUGGCACUGCAUCAGCCUCUCAUCAGUUUCCCUCGACCUGUGAAAACCACAUGGCUGAACCGAAAUGCUCCCGCACAGAGCAAAGAUUCAGUCAUCCCACCCCUGGAGAGCGUUGUCUUUGGCAGCAGCUAUGUAAAGCAGGUGUCACCAGAUGGCAGGGCGUUCCUGGUGUCCGACCCCUGUCUGCAGCAUGCCUUCAGUCUGCACCACAACCUUUGCUCCAAUCUUCUGAUAGCCUAUCAGGGCCUUUUUGGCUACUUUACCUCCGUUACUAAGGACCUGCCCUCCUCCCAUCGUAUGGAACUAGCCAAGCCCAGCAUGCAGGUGCUAUAUGAGAGAGUUCUCAGAAGACCCUARCCCCGAGGUGAAAGACACGUCUACAUAGAACAACUCGACUUAGAGGCCCGGCUAAAUGAGCUGUGUGAACAAGUCAAGCUAAAAGCAGAGUCUCCAGAUGAGCUGGCAGAAUUAGUUAACAUGAACCUGGCUCAGCUCUGCUCUCUGCUCAUGGCUCUUUGGGGACAGUUUGUUGAAGUCCUGUCCCUGCAGGAGCACAUUGCUGGUGUACUAUCUAUGGAGCACCAUACACUAAGAGUUAGACGGUUUGCUGAAUCUUUCUUUUGUCUUGAACAUCCAAGACAAUCUGCUCUGGCAUAUCAGGAGCUUCAUGCUCACAGUCACCAACAGAUGACUAAUGCUAUCAAAAGCUCCAGCUACUUCUUGUGUUUGCCUCCACUUCCAGUGGAUUGUGCAGACCUCGAUGGCGAUGUUAGUUCUCUGCCAAUUAUCUUUGAGGAUCGAUACCUGGAUUCUAUCACUGAAGAUCGUGAUGGACCUUGGUUAGGCAUGCACAAUUUGAAAACUGGUUCUGUUUCAAGUAAAACGGAGAAGCCCAAUGCAAAGGACUUUAGUGCGGCUGCCAGCCCCAUACCUGAGUCAAGUUGUGCACCCGUGGAUAACACCUGGCCAGAUAAUUUUGAAGCGCCACCCAAGUCCAAAGGCAAAUCCGUAAGAAUAAAGAAAACCUCKAAGACUGAGAACUCCAAGAAGUUGAUUAGACAGGGUUCCAAAGACUCUGUGGUUUUAGUGGGCUAUAAGAAUCUUAAAGCCCCCUAUAGCGACACCAGCACAAAGUACAAGGAAGAGGAGCCUUCUCUUAGCCAAGCUGAGGAGAGUCAUUCAUUGCAACAGGACUCGAAUUGUUUUUUACGGACUAAUACUAGUUCUGCAUCAGAAUCUGGUGGAGCAUCAAUACAUUUUGACAACCGUGCUAAUGAGACUGCUGCAGAUGACAAUAUAACCAUGGUUGGCGGUCAUAAAGCUCUUUUCAAACAUGUUUCUACUUUGGACUCUCAAAGCAACCCUCAGGCAGGUACUGGGGCUGCUGCUACGAGUCAACAAGUUCAAAAAGAUGAGCACGUUGACCUUACUGGCCAAAAGGUGUCACAGCUAUCGACGGUAAUAAAGCAAAGUGAAGAAAAAACAAGUAAAGAUUCAACUCAAGGUGAUAAGCUAUCAUAUCCGACUGUUGGAACUCUCAGCAGUAAUAUUCCUGGAAUCUCCCAGACAGAUGCUUGUGACUCUCAGCAGUCUGCAGUGGAUUCUGUUUUUGAAAAGCCAAGCAAAGAGGCAACACAGUGUAGCCAAGCUUGUGGGGUCUCAAUAAAGGUAAAGAGCGAGUGUAUCAGGAUGCUAGAUGUGGGAAUCCCUAACGUCUCAUCACGCCUCUCAGACUCCGGCAUCGAAAGUGAGCCCAGCUCUUUUGCUACUCAGCUUGUUUUAGGAUCGCGUGCAGGAACAGGAGUCCCUGAAUUAAGCAUGGCUGUUUCACAGUCUGAGAAGGCUCUGCAGAGUUCCACUCCACUGCCUGCUCAACAAAGCACACUGCAAAAACCUAGUGGCUUAGGAGAGAUUCUAUUCCCUGAAAACUCGAGUGCUGUCAGUGGAGUCCAGUCCUCGCUCACUUCCAUCAACUCGCUGCCUUCAGAUGAUGAGGGCGAAGGAUCCUCCAGGGCCUCCAGUGGACCUGAAGCCGGAGGCAAGAAGUCCAGCAUCUUGGUCCAAGAGCAGAGUCUAGUGUUCUCUGGGGAUGCCACUAAAAGAACUGACACAACCUGCUACGCUGAAGCAAGCGUAGAUGAUUCUCAGCUUAAAAAAAUAAUCAACAUUCCGGAAACUGACUCUAAGCUUGCAGGAACUCCAGAAGUCGGAGGGGAGGAAGCAAGUGGAUCUGGGACUUUAAAAGAAUCCCAAAGUGAACCCCAAACAGCCUGUCCCUCCAGCAACUCCGCCACUAGUAGCACGGACCUGGUAAAACGAGGGAUGGUAGAAAACUACUUUGGCUCAUGCUCUAGCACAGAUGUGUCUGAGAUCAGUCCUGUAGAAACGUCUGCUAUCACCCUGGGAAUCCAGUCAGGGCUGCAGGUUGAGGAGGAUGAGGAUGAGCCGGAACACGAGAUGAUUGAAAAUGGUUACUACGAGGAAGGUGACGGCUACGCUUUUCUAAACGGUGUUGCUGAUGAUGAGCAAACUGAGGCUGGAGCUGCUCAAGAGACAAGUCUUCUGUUUGAACAGCUCGGCGCUGGUUACCUCUAUGAAACCAGGGAUUUAUCAAAAGCACCUGUGUGCUCCAAUCUGUCCUCCAGCAGUGUCGGGCAUAGAUGUUCCUAUUCCUCCACCUCUUUCUCUUCCAGCCUGCAAUGGUAUGAAUGUGCACCCACAUCACAAUUGAAAGCGUUCAUCAAGGCCAAGGAAGAAAUGAAGCAGUUAAAGCUUCCUGGUUUCUUAUACAGCGAGGUUCCUGAGCUGGCAUCCACUGUGCCCUACUUCAGCUUAGAGGAGGAUGAAAGUUGUGAAGAAGGCAUUCAUCUCAUUGUGUGUGUCCAUGGCCUGGAUGGAAACAGUGCAGACCUGAGGCUUGUGAAAACUUACCUUGAGCUCGGACUGCCUGGUGCUCGUAUUGACUUCUUAAUGUCUGAGAGGAAUCAGAAUGACACAUUUGCUGACUUUGAGUCAAUGACAGACCGACUGCUGGAUGAAAUUGUUCAGUACAUUCAGAUAUACAAUCUCACUGUGUCGAAGAUAAGCUUUGUGGGUCAUUCAUUGGGGAACCUCAUAGUGCGCUCAGUCCUAACCAGGCCUAGGUUUAAAUGUUACCUAAGCAAGCUGCACACCUUCCUGUCCCUUUCUGGACCUCACCUGGGCACACUGUACAACAGCUCUGCUUUGGUCAACACAGGACUUUGGUUCAUGCAGAAGUGGAAAAAAUCUGGGUCUCUCCUGCAGCUGACAUGUCGUGAUCACUCUGACCCCCGCCAAACUUUCCUGUACAAACUCAGCAAAAAAUCUGGUCUGCAGUAUUUUAAAAAUGUGGUGCUGGUGGGGUCACUGCAGGAUCGCUAUGUUCCCUAUCACUCUGCACGGAUAGAGAUGUGCAAAACGGCUUUGAAGGACAAACAAACAGGGCCCGUGUACGCUGAGAUGAUUGAGAACCUGCUGCUGCCAGUACUUCAGAACAAAGACUGUAAUCUUGUGAGAUAUGACGUCAUACACGCCCUACCCAACACAGCCAACUCCCUAAUUGGCCGGGCUGCACAUAUUGCUGUCUUGGAUUCUGAGAUCUUCCUGGAGAAGUUCUUCCUCGUUGCAGGUCUCAAGUAUUUUCAGUAGACCUGUGUCGGAAUGAAACACUUGGACAUGAGGAAUGUGGCACGAAUACCUCACUGCAAUUAAAGGUUUUUCUCAAUAGUUUUAUUUUAAAUCUUUUGUAAAUAUAACCUUAUUAUUUUCAAACACAUUUAAACAAAAUAUUUUUUGUUUUAUUGGAAAGCUGAUGGAUAUGGACUUGACAGUUUUUAUUU